AUGCCACACCGCCUAGUUUGGCUAGUUUCAGUACGUAAUCGUGGUUCAAAUGUCUCAGCAUUUUGCGGUGCAUUGGCGAGGAAGCGAUUGGCAGAUGUACAGGUGCGACACCGUGAUGCCAUCCUCUUCACUCCAGCUCAGGACCUUCCAAAUGGACUCACAAAUAUCGUCAUAUCUAUCCCUCGUAUGUGGUUUCGAGAAAUGGGGAAAGAUCAUCGUCUUCCCGACGUUCCUAUGAUGUUCUGCUACGAAGGUGACUAA